AGGUCGGAAGGACGCCGGACAAUUUUUGUAUCCUUCUCCAUCUUCCCCAGCUUGUGUCUACAGGAGAGGCUCCGGGAGUUUUAGUCAUCGCCGGCGGAAGCAAAGUUACUGCGACAAUGGAUGAUAGUUCAUCCUCCCUCUCACUUUCUAGUGGAGCUUCAGGCCAGGAGCAGCAUCACCAACAUCAGCUUGGGGUGAGCAAACUCUCGCAUAAGAUCGGGAAGACGACGACGCCAUCAUCAGCGAACUAUCAUCAUCAGGGAAAGAGCCAUGAUGACCAUCACCAUCGUCCUCCCGUCUACACCAUUGACAAGAGCGAUUUCCGGAGCGUCGUGCAGAGGCUGACCGGCUCGCCUACUUCCGAGCGGUUUUCCGACCCUCCCCCAAUCCGUCCACAGAAACCACCAAGCUCUCGUCUUCAGAGGAUGAAACCUCCACCAUUGACGCCCUUCCCAAGGGGCCAACCGGAGAUCUCACAGAACCCACUGGCAUUCACCACUGGCCCUCUUCCGGUAGCGCCGAACCCUCCCGAGCCGACAGGAGAGGAUCUUCUUGUGAGGCCAGCUGCCAGCUCGGCCCCUCUGAACCCCGCCUCCCUCCCACCAGUGUCUCCGUCGCAGUUCCUGCUUCUGUCGCCCAUCUGUUUGGCGCAGACGAGAUCGCCGAAGCCGCCUCUGGCCUCGAAAUUGCCGAGCCCGAGUUCGAACCCGAGUUUGGCUGAUGCCGGGUUGCCCUUUUCUCCCUCUUCGCCGUGGGGGGGACUUCUACCUCCGUCUUCGCCAGGGUUCCUUCGGUUACCGAUCCCGAGCUCAAAGUCAUGACAACUCUGUUAAUGUUUACUCGCAGCUUCUGUAGUGCUGAUUCAACAUCGGUGCCGAGGAAAAACAAGGUGAAAAGCAAAAAGGAAAAAGAGAAAGGAAAUGAAAGACGAUUGAUUUCUUAAGAAGAAUACACACUUGUAGGUUGUGAUUUAUUUGUAAAAAUCCAGCUGUCAUUAUGAAUUCUAUAGUUAGAUUAGCUCCUUUCACAAGGGUCUACAAGACACGGAAGUGGUUUUAUUUUCGUUUCCUGGUUAGUACGAGGGAUAAAAUUGUUCAACACUUUUAUAUGUUAUGUGUAGGUGAUUUAACUGUAUGUA